AUGAGAAUAAGACAAGCUGACUUACUUGAGUUUGAGGUGGACCAUGACCAGGACACAUUUGUUGUCAACUUGGAAACUAAAGUGUGUGGAUGCUACAAAUGGAGUCUAAUGGGAAUACCUUGCUGCCAUGCAUUGGCCUGUAUCCAAACAAAGAGGCUAAACUACGAAGACUUCAUCCACCAUGCCUAUCAUAUUCAAACCUAUGCUAAGUCUUAUGACCCACCAUUCAAAGGUAUGCUUGGUCAGAACCAGUGGGAUCAAAUACCCUACCCAGGUCCAUUGCCUCCUCCUUACAGAAAAAUGCCUGGGAGGCCAAGCAAGCACAAGAGGAAAAAGGGAGCUGGAGAGAAUGAAGACAAGCAGCAUGUCAAGAGAGCAAAGAGACAGAAUAAGUGCAGCAGAUGUGGUGGCCUUGGACACUACAAACCAAAGUGUCCUAUGCCUGCACCACCUACUGAAACAGUGGCUACUUCAACCUCUGCAGCAGUUCAAAAUGUAGAUGGUCAGGUUGCAACUCAGGAACCCAUGGUGGUUCAAUCUUCCCCAAAUGCUCCUGCAGUUAACCCAAGUCAGCAGCAAGAUUAG